UGUACCGUCGUUGUAGUCUGCACCGCAGGCGGUGAGAGCUGCUAGUCAGAGGAAAAUGGCGGACGGUGUGGAUCACAUCGACAUCUACGCCGACGUCGAGGAGGAGUUCAACCAGGAAGCUGACUACCCGGUUCAUGAGCAGAUCGACCUGUAUGAUGACGUAAUAUCCCCAUCAGCCAAUAAUGGUGAUGCUCCAGAAGACCGGGAUUACUUGGAUUCACUGCCAGCCCCAGGUGGCACAGAGGGAGGGAAAAGCGCCCCGCCCAACGUGGUGUACACCUACACUGGAAAAAGAAUUGCCCUGUACAUAGGAAACCUCACAUGGUGGACAACUGAUGAGGACUUGACAGAAGCUAUCCGGGUGAUAGGCAUCACAGAUGUGCUGGAGAUAAAGUUCUUUGAAAACCGAGCCAAUGGCCAGUCAAAAGGGUUUGCUCUGGUGUGUGUUGGUUCAGAGGCAUCCUCCAGAAAGUUAAUGGAGCUGCUGUCAAAGAGGGAGCUCCAUGGUCAGAAUCCCAUUGUCACACCAUGCAACAAACAGUCCCUCAGCCAGUUUGAAAUGCAGUCACGCAAAAGUACCCAGACAGGUCAGAUGUCUGGGGAAGGAAAGGCUGGUCCUCCUGGUUCUGGACCCCGUGGUGGUUUCCCCAUGGGAAGCCGAGGGAGAGGCAGGUUCCCCGGACCACCUGGCCCUGGAGGAGACCGCUUCCCUGGUCCUGUAGGGCCUGGGGGUCCUCCACCACACCUUCCUGGCUCGGGCAUGAGACCAGAUCUGGUUAGGCACCAAGAUGGCCCUCUGAUGGAUAUGAGUUUCAAUCCCUUCCAGCCGGGGGGCAGGAACGGGAGCUGGCGUAGCAGAGGUGGCAUGCAGGGUCCUCCACGCCCCCCACCUGGUCCACCAGGUCCCCCAGGACCUCCAGGACCUCCACCUCCAGGCCAGGGUCUUCCACCUCCCAUGGCUGGGCCUCCAAAUCGUGGCGAUAGGCCUCCUCCACCUGUUCUCUUCCCUGGGCAGUUUGGCCAGCCACCACUGGGACCCCUGCCUCCAGGUCCUCCACCUCCAGGCUAUGGUCCUCCACCUGGUCCCCCACCUCCUCAGCAGGGCCCACCCCCUCCAGGACCCUUUCCACCCCGUCCUCCUGGACCUAUUGGCCCGCCUAUGGCAUUGGCUCCACCACCACAUCUGCCAGGUCCCCCGCCAGGUGGCCCACCACCAGCGCCGCAUGUGAACCCUGCCUUCUUUCCUCCCCCUGGCAACAACAGCAUGCCACCCAAUGAUAGCCGAGGUCCACCGGGACCAAAUGACCCAUACGGCCGCCCUCCACCAUAUGAAAGAGGAGAUUAUGGGCCUGGAGGCCGGGACAUGGACACAUCACGGACCCCUCUAAGCGAGGCAGAGUUUGAGGAGAUUAUGAACAGGAACAGAGCCAUCUCCUCCAGUGCCAUAUCUAGAGCAGUUUCUGAUGCCAGUGCAGGUGAUUAUGGCAGUGCUAUAGAGACUUUGGUGACAGCCAUCAGUCUGAUUAAGCAGUCCAAAGUGUCCGCAGACGACCGCUGCAAGGUCCUCAUCAGUUCUCUGCAGGACUGUCUCCAUGGCAUUGAGUCAAAGAGCUAUGGCUCUGCGUCAAGGCGAGAACGUUCCAGGGAACGUGACCACAGUCGCUCAAGAGAAAAGAGUCGACGACACAAAUCUCGUAGCCGCGACAGGCAUGAGGACUAUUACAGAGAACGCAGUCGGGAGAGAGAUCGUCAUCGUGAGAGAGAUCGGGACCGUGACCGGGAAAGAGAGAGGGAGAGGGAAUACCGGCACCGUUAGCCGGAAAGGAGGUGGGUACCAGUUUUAUUUUUUUGUGUAUUUUUCAGCAUCUUUGUCUUAAACUUUGAGGCAAACUAAUUUAGGCUCAGACGGCAUGACAGAAACAGAAAGUGGCACAGUUGAGAUUUAAAGUCUUCUCUGUUUGCACACCUCCUCUCAUUGGAUUCACUGGCUCUAGAUAAAUCCCAAAGCCAAAUCCUAGUUACACCCAUAUAAUGGUUAAACAUCUGAUAAUGGAUGUUAUCAUCAAAAUAUUAAAUUACUGCAUGAGGAGAGUAAGAGGUAGGCAACGAAAAGGCUUUCAAAACUCAGUCCUCUGUCUUCAGGUAGGUAUAAGGUAAGUCAACUUAAACCAUAUUUCUUCAGUGGUAAUCACAAUUUCUAUUGUAUCACAAAAUGUGCAAAAUACACACUUGAUGUAUUCACUUUGGCACAGUGGAGUCUGUAAGUGUUGUAUCUACGCUGUAGUCCCUUUGAAAUGAGAAAAUAUAAGUCACUGGAUUUCUGGAUGUAUUUUGUACUUUUUGGUCUGCAGGCUUCAGAGGCUGGUAAAUUACAAAGUUCAUUGGUUGCUUUGGAUAUUACAACAAAUACAUUUUAGAAUAAAAGUUGUAUGCACCUGUGCAUAGCAUACGUUACCUGUUGAGAUGAUUUUUGCAGUUACUCUUUUUAUAAAAUUUAAAGGGUUUUUGCAUCAAUAAAGUAGAAAUUAUCAGAAUUUUGGCUUUUACCAGGAACUGUGGCAAGUGGACCAAAUGUGCCUGAUUUUUAUUAUAUCAACACUCAGAACUGCCAUAUUAAUUAUAUGUGAAUUCCCAAAGUUUGGUUUAUCAGUGGGCUUGUACUGGUCGCUUCAAUCCUGAUUGGCAAGAUUUGGGUGUCACAAUACUGUACAGUCAUUUUUACAGUAUUUCGUACAAAUUAAGAUUUUAUAUGGUUUGUUAACAUUGAAUUGAUUACACUGUUUUUACACCUUGUCAGUAGUAGACCAAUCUACAUUUUGUAAAUGUUUCAUUCAUAGUGUUGUACAUAUUCCAGUUUUAGUGUGUUAUUUGAAAUAUAUCAUUGUCCUGUGAUAUUUCAGAGAAGUUAAACAUUUAUCAGUGUCAACAUCUUAUGACUUUUGCCCCCUCCCACCCCUUAAAAAAAACUAAUGUCAUUGUGCCAUAUCUGCAUGACAGUAAUAUCACCUGACAUUUCACCUGUGUCAAGUUGAAUGUUUUUAUUGCAUAGUGUUUGCUCACUUUUGUAUAAUUGCACCUUAACUUAAGAUGUUGAGGUGAAGUGGAGGAGGGAAAAAUGCCUGUCCCCUUGACAUAAUAAUCUGUCAAAAUAUAUGUUACUGAAUAUCCAAAUGCUGGUGUGGUUUUUACACGCAGUGUCACAUCUAAUCAUUUUAUGAGGCAAAGGUCAGCCUGGAUUCAACAGUGGCUGAAAUCAAAUUGUUUGCAGAGUCUGUGUAAUGAGAAUUGGUUAAUAUUUCAGAUCUGUGCAUAAUAACUUGCAUUAUCAUACUAUUAUGUUGACACACAAUUUAAAAAAAAAAAAGUGAUUUAAAGUUAAAGGCUAGCACAAGCUUAAGAAAAUCAGUGUUUUUAGAUCCUAAGCUCUUUGAGUCUGUGGAGCUCCCCCGGAAGGUUACACUGGAGUUUUUGUUUUUAUUUUUAUUUUAUUUUUUGUAGGCCAUUGUGGCGUUCGCUCAUAGUAAUAUAAUUUCUGCAUAUGGACUGAAGUGGAGAUCUUGCUGUACUAUUAAAAUGCUUUUAUGCUAGUUGUUAAAAUACCACAAGUGUUCAGAAAUAGAGUAUAUUCAAUACAAGUUACAUAUAUCCUCCAUGUGCAGUCAAUGUUAGACCUAUCAUAAACGACUCCUUGUAUGUCACAACUGUAACCGUAACUAACGCACAGCUGUGGUCACAGCCACUAUCACGCUGACAGUUUGUCUUCCAACAACUUCAGUCAAAAAUCAAAGCUACAGUUUAAGAGCUCCUCUAGUUUCUGUAGUAACUGAAUACAUGUGCCUGAACAGUCACAACUGAAAGUCAACUUACUUGUGUAGUGGUCAAAAUUAGUAUAAUGCAAUUUCAUAAUAGAGUUUAGCGUUGUUGUUUUUUUGUUUGUUUUUUUACAUGGAUCAGAGAAAACAUUACUGCGAGAGAACACAAACCUAGUCCAGGAAAAUAUUCUCAGUGUUAACCCUUAGAGGGCUCUGCAUGAUUCAGGAAAAGAAAGUCACUUUUAUGGGAGAACUUGUACUGGUGCAUAACAUUCAUGACAGUGAGUUAGGCUUCAGCAUUCAGUUUAAUCGGUCCAAUUUAGCCAAGAGAUCAUGCAGGUAUGUGAGAUUUUUGUCUAUUUUUAGCAUUAUAUCCAAGCUAAUUCAAUUUUAACUGGUGCUGUGGUUGUAGAUGCAUUUAUCUGAACAUUCUAAUUGUCAGCUUGCACCUAACGUUGUUGGAUAAAAAAAAUCAUUAAUAGUGUAUUGCUCUCACAUGAUUUGAGUCAACUAUUUUAGGCUGCCUUUCUGCCCUGUGCUGCUUUUUGUCUGGGAUUUUCAGAGUCAGGGUUUCACAAGUCGUUAUGUAAUCUCUUUGUGAAGAUGCUUUCUUCCAUUGCUUCAGUUGCACGUUGAAUAACCUGCUAACUUGUGGAAAGUUUUGGGGCUUCUUUGGAUAUAGUGUUUCAGCCAUUUUGGGUUUUUUGGCUGUCUUUUACUGCCAAAGCUCUGAGAUAUCUACAGUGUUGCAUGUAAAGCAGACUUGAGUAGGUUACGUGGACCCUACAGCAUCUCUGUACAGUUGCCCCCAUUCCCAAAUAAUAUCUGUCCUGAUUUUAAAUGUGCUUUAUCCACUGAAGAUAUCUUCAUGUAUUUGCACUCAAACAGCAUGAACUAUGCUCCACCCAUUGGAAAGAUAUUUAUAUAUUCACAUUGUUCCCUGUUUGUGUGCCUAUUUCUCUUAUACUGGAAAAUAAUAACUGGGGUGGUUUAACUUAUGGAGUUGCUGCAUUUUGAAAGUAGCCAAAAGAAUGUAACUUAAACUCUAAAGGCAAUUUUUCAUGUAAAUACUGGAGAGUUGUGUUGAUUUUAGCUGUCAGUUCUAGCUUGUUGAGUUGAUCUGGUCUCUGUUCCACAAAAUUGUUCUUUACAUGCUCACGUUUUUCCUGCAAAACCUUGUGUCCACCGAGAACCUCACAACAAAAGAUUACAUUUUGUCAAAUACAUAAGAUUUUUUUUGUAAAUUAACUUUCAUUUUAAGUCCAAGUUAAAAAAAAAAAAAAAAAUCAAACUAAUAAAUAAAAUGUUAAAGUUGCUGCUGUCUCCUUUAAUAGACAUCUUGUUGUCAUUGUUGGAGAUCCUCUGUGGGCACAAGACCUAAUAGCCUAUUGCAAUGUGUCAAGCACCAAAAUGCAUUUGAAGAAUAUUUAUAAAUUGUUGUUUGCAGUAAAAAUGACUAAAGAUCAAAAUUAAGCGAGCAAAAAUGUUGAUGGUGAGAUAUGUCCCAAUUUUUCCAUUGCACCAUGCCUUUGCAUUUCUACUGAUAUUUGUGAGCUUGUUAAAGAGGAAAAUAAUUGAGAUUGAGUGCCAAGUACAUUGCUCCUCUUCUUGUAGUGUGGCCGUUUGUUGUUUCGAGAUGUGCUUAACACUGUUUAUCUGUUCAUGUUUCCAUGCAAGAACGCACAGUGUUUGUACCAGGCUUAAGUUACUUUUAUGCUUUCUCUUCAGCCUGUUUGUAGGUGUAUGUGUGCUGGGGGGUGCAGCCCUAAUGUCCAAGCUAUUUACACAUGUCAAACCAGAGUCAAACAGUUUAGGUUAUAGCUAAUCAAACAGCCUUCAUGUCCAUAACAUGGUUGAGAUGUAAUUCAUGUCCUUAACUUUGGCCUUUGGCCAGAAUAUAGAAAAAGAAAAUGUUUGACUUUAUAGCUGAGCUAAGGCAAAUGGACAUGGUUUUAAUUCUUAAUAUUUAGCCCCACAGUUACUACAGUAUAUAACACAUGAACUGUUAGUUGGUGAAAAAGAUGUGUACCUUUUUCAUAAUCAAUGAGCUGUCUGUGAGUAGUUUUCUGAAAUAUCAUACACACAUAAUUAAUAACAGUGAAAGAUUAGAUGGCAGUCUAUAAGCUAGGCAGUGGUAAGUAUUGGCGCAAUCUUAUUUGCCGAGCCUUUUGUAGCACAUAGCCAAGUUAGUGGACUGAGACUAUUUCAUGGACUGCUUGACCCUGGUUUGGCUCUGUCCCGUUUCAUUUCCAUUCUGUAUUAACUGACACACCUACUACACAUUUUAAAGUUUUAUAUGAAAUAUAAUGAACCCGAUAUAAAUGAUUUAUUGGGCUGAUAAUUUAAAUGUUUCACCCUUGAGAAAAGUUCAGUUAUGUCAAGUGUGAUUAUGAGAGGAGUACUGAGAUGUGCAAUGUGGCUGUAAGCUCAACUGCUUUUGUCUCCAGGCAUAUACUAUGUAAAGAAAACCUUUCAGAUUAUGAAACCUAUCAAAUUUCAUUAUGCAUUUGAAUCCAUUAAACAAUGUAAAAAAUCACCUGUACUUACUUGAAUUUUGGUGUAGAUACCAGUUCUAUCUGGCUUCAUUUCAGCGUGUGAAGCAAAAUCUCUUAAUCAUGGUUCAGUCAUUUUAAUGUUGAAACAACAAGUUUGAAAUGACUUUCUUUAUCACAAUUUUUGUCAUUUCAUCUUAAAAUUGUACAAAUUUCUGGUAAGGUGCUUUAAAUUGUGUAGAACUGUAAUCCCACUGCUGCUGUCCUUUACAAUUAUGGUUAGAGGUAGCUUUUUCUGACUCCUGUACUUUGCAUGCUCAACUUUGUCUAUGCAAAGCAUUACAAGCACAAAAUAUUCCAUCUUCCUGACUUUGACCAUGUUUGCGACACCGUAAGAAUCACACUGUCAUAUUUUUUUCUGUUUUAUUAAAACUCUUGGUAUGCUUGGGCAGGAAAGGUUUCACUAGAUGUGCCGUAUGUGCUUUUUCCUUCAUAGCUGUUUUUUGAUGGAUAACUGUUUUGGUCCUUUGUCUUUUCACUUUAAUAUACAGCUUAAACAAAUUGCAACCAUGGUUUUCUCUGGUAUUUGCCACAGUGAGCAAAGUUUUCAGUGUACUCCGUUAUGUAACCUGCUGGUAAUAAUGACAAAUACUGAAAUGUUUGGAGGUGAUUGAAAGGUAAAUCCCUAUUGCUAUAGUUAAAGACUUAUCAAAGGAAAAAAAAAACUUUUAGCUCAGGUCUUCCAAUAAAACUCCCUGUAAGUUUUAAAGGUUAUUUAUUUCUGUUUUCUGCACUUUAUAGUCCUCUGAGAGCCAAAUUAAUUGAAACGCUAUAAGUAAGACUUAAUAUUCUGAAGGUAUUACCUAAUGUUGAUGCAGGUACACCAUUUAAUAUUGUAAACAAGACGAAAUGGUCAUACACAAUAUGGCCAUUUAGACACUAUAACCACUGUCCCUAUUGUCCUUCCCUGAAUUUGUAACUCUGUAACAGAACAAACAAAAUUGCCCCAGGUGUUUCAGUGCAUUUACAUAUGGUUAUCAAUAUUUUUAUGUCUAAAAGAGUUAAGUGCCACAUGCAAACAUCUGUACAUGUAUAUACGUGUAUAUGCAUGUACAUACUUUGAAAUCCAUGUUUCCGUAGUUGCAGGGCAGACUUGACGAAAGAUUGAAAUACUUUUCUUUGUGUGUGCGUGUACAUACUCAUAGAGUUCAAUUUAAGUUCUUGAAUGUUAGCUGUUGAACUGUGCAUGAUAUGUUUCUGUGUCUGUGCUAGGGUUGGGGACAAUACACAACCAACAGAGUGUUAAGAGUAGCAGUUAAAUACCAUAGUGCCAUUUAUGCUGCGUGUAAGAGACUUCUCUGUCUGCACUGCCUUUGCUAAGAUAAAAAUGACUUGAGCAAACUCCAACCUCGUGGCUCAGAGUGACGGUGAAUUGAACCCAGCCCUGGUGUAAACUUUGUGUAUGUAGUGUAGAGGUUUAAUGAUGAGUGGGGAAAAUGUUCACUGUUGGGCUGGCUCCAAACCAAACUCCACCCUUCGUUUUGACACCUUUCAGCUUACGAGGAUCAAGGAUGGAUGGAAGGAAAAGGAGGAACUCUUUCCCUGCCCUCCGUGCAUGACCGGACAGGAACACAACUACCAUCACUUCCUCCACCCCCUCCAUUUCUCCUCUCCUAUCCUUCUCCACCCAUCCUUCUCUCUAUCUGUUGUCUGCCUGGUUUAAGAGCAGCGGAUGGAAGACCCUGACCUGUGUAAGGCUAUGUUAUCCAAACUUCUAUACUCAUGGUAACUAAAGAUGACAAAAGAAUCUUUCCAAACAGCUCUUUUAUUUUUAUGAUGUUUUAUUUGACAUGAAAAGUAAGCGUGAUGCUUUUUUGCGACUUAUAAAUAAAUAAAUAAAUGGCCUGCACGAUCCCCAAAUAGAAGACACAAACAUUACACCCUUUUGUUGUUGUUUUUUUUUUUUUCUUGUUCUUUGGCUCGCUGUAUUGUGUGUGUAUAUACAGUUUAGAGAUCAGUUUUUAUAAGGUAUGUGCUUGAUGUUUUCUCUCCUACCCUCACUCUCUCGUUCUCAUUUAUUCUUUUCAUGGCUAGUACGUUUGUAAAUGUCUCUGCUUUUUGAUUAAAAUUAGAUGGUGUUGUAAUAAAAAAUGUUUACUGAGGUACACUCUGCAUUCAGUGAAUUCCUCUACAUUUUUCGUUCAUUUAUAUUAAAUGUAUAUACUGACUUAGAUUUUUUUUAUUAUUAUUAUUUGUUUUUUGUUUUUUUUUUUACAUGGUAAAUGGCAAGGAUGUAGUCACUUUGGUUUGUUUUUAUCUUAUGUUGCAUUACGUAGUCAACAUGCUAAACCAAAAAGAGAAGACCCCGCUGUUUGGAAUGGUUUUUGAUGGUGGGUUAUUUUGUAAUUCCGCUGAAUAAUUAUCACUGAAACAUAGCAUGAACAAAUUGUCUUUCACUUCUGUCAUAUAAUGGAUUUAAAAGCAGAUUUUAAUUCAAGCAGCCUUCAUAGUUGAAGCUUGAGUGAAAGUGUUUAUUCCUUAAUUGGGAAGUAUGGACCAGUUUCUUGUUACAUGCCUUUCACUUUAGAUGUUACAUGUUUUAUGUAUUUGAAUUUUGAAGGCUUUUCCAUGAUAGGUUUAAAUAACUAAACCAUGAACAAAAUGCGUUUUAAUUUGUCGGUACAGUGUAAAACAUUCUGCCACCUGUCAUUUUUAUUGUUUUGCAUGUUUGUCAAAAUGGACGGACAGCAAUUUGUUGAAGCUUUUAGGGUUUUUUUUUUUUUUUUUUUUUCAUGCAAGGUUGGAAAAAUAGCAAUGACUGGUUUAGCUUUUACUCAGUUAUUUUUAUUAUAAUUUACAAUUAUUUUUUAAAAAAUAAGUGUAAAUUACAUUGCCACAGCUUUCCCAGCACACAUGAUAUAACACGAUUAUACCACCAGUUUUUAAAAUGUGAGUUAAUGGAAAUCAGGAAAUUACAGGUAUGUUGAGGUUUGAUGCUGCAGUGUGUCAUCGGGUGUCUUAAAUGCAAAUCAGUAUGAAUACAGCGCAAUAACAUGGUGCUUUUGUAUGGUUUUUAACGAGAACAAAGUUGCAUGCAGACAAUAUUAUAACACAUUUUUGUGAAAUUAUCGCCAUUGGUGAAAUUUUUAAUUUGCUCCCAAAAAAAUCUGAAACUUGUGUUCGCACCUUGUCUUUCUGGGGGUUAUUCUUUUAAUAAUGUCAUUUCAAUUUCACUCCGUAACAAUUUAGAAAAUGCCUUAUUUUCAAACGUAACCAGUGAAUGUAAAACUUUUGGAUUCAGAGUCACAGCAGGAAUUUGAAUGACAGGCUGUGCAGGAAACUGUACCAGCAUCUUUUGAAACCAUUGUCUUGCUCUUGAAGUGUAUUCUUUUUCAGUAUACUUCAGAAAGUGACUUAUUGGGGAAUGUAAGUGCCUUUGCUCCGUAUCCUUGCAAAUUCACUGAAAGUGUGAUGUAAUGUAAACAAAUGUAAAUUGGAUUUUGAUAUUAAAAAAAAGAAAAAAAUGGGACCUUUUUGAAUAUAAUGAUGCUAUUUCUGAACAGUUAGUUUAAAAAUGUUGGAAGUUUUAAGGCCCUAUAUCAUGUUUUUUUUAAUGAUAUUGGCUUAAUUUGAUGUUAGUUAGUUGCUCUAUUUCCUCAUUUUAUUUCCUGCUGAUCGGUUUGGGCAAAAUACUAUACAUGUGCCUUGUUUUCUUUCUUUUUUUAUUCGUUUUUAUUUAAAUUAUUAAAUUAUUUCUUUAGUUUUGCAUUGAAUUUGGUAACUCCAGUGGAGUUCUGCCCUGGUCAAGCUAAGCAGAAGUGUAGCCCUCCAGAAUAAGAGCAUUUGUACAGGAAUUUGGUUUCAUUUUAUUUGUUUUGGGUUUUGUUCCGCAGCACGAAAAGGUAAGUGAUUUUUAGGUCUACAAACACAACCAUUGAAGAAACAAGAAGUCUGAUCGACUGCGGGAGUCUUUAAACUGCACAAGCAGUUGGAAAGUAUAUACAUAUGUAUUUAUCAGUUUUCAGUAUUUGUAUGACUAAGAUGUUUUCACUAACUGCUAGUUUCGCAAGUUUCUAGGUACUUGAUUUUAAAAUCACACUUGUCUAGUAAAGGGGCCUUUGCAUGAUGACUUGAAAACAUGUUUCUGCUACAAAUUGAGGUUAUAGUUUUUUAAGAUGAGUAAAAUAACAAAAACACAGAAAUGAGCUUCCAUAUUAAAGGGUCUUACUUGGGCAGAAUACUUGCUGAAUUUGUAUCGCCACUGUAACUUUGGGAUUUUAAGUUAAGGUUCAGGUGUAUUUCUACCGCCAGUAAUGGUUACAUGUUGUGAUACAUAGCAGGUAAAUAGAUUAUCAUUUGCUCUCAAAGAAUAAAGUAUACAAAUUAA